CAGCGACCACGUGACUACUACGUCGUCCACUCACAUGACUGAGGGGCGGGCAGUCGUGACGUCAGAGGUGAAAGGUCCCCCGAGAGGCAGAAGCGCAGAUAGAGGGGCAGGAUGAGGCCGGGGUGACCCAGCAGGUGCUAAAGAAAACUCAUUUUGAAUCCGUAGGAAGAUGGACACCUACUUUCAGGCAGCGGUUGUUGAUUUGGAUAAACUUCUAGAUGACUUUGAGCAUAGUACAGAUGAGUUGGAAACCUACCCAUCACGUGAUGCACCUCUCAACCCAAACCAAAGUGCUUUUUUCUCAGGGGACUUCUACUUGCAACCAGACUUGUCAUCUCCGAGAAAACAGUCCUAUGGCAGUAGUCCUGAAGAACCCCCGUCUCCUGUCCGUCUGAAUGAAGAAGAGUUUAAAAAUGUUACUCCUGUCUCUCAGGGUGAAAGAAAUGUCACUGGGCCAGAUCUCUUAUCUUGUGUAGAGGAAGGAAAAUCCAAUGAAAAUGAAUCAAGCAAUGGGAGGAGUAGUGUUCCUAUAUGUGACCUGAUCAGUGACACUGGCAGCUUGCUUCAUACAGCAAGUAGCAAUGAGUCACUGAUUCCUGAUACUCUCCAGCCAAGUGCAAGUGCUGUCUCUGACCUGGAAUUGCUUUCUGACCCAGCUUUCUUUACAGCUCCAGCUUCAGAUCUGUCAAUUUCAUUAGGAAAUGAAGAACUACAUAGCGCAGAGGUCUCUACAAGUGAAUCAGACUGGUUACCUGACACUGGAUCAAAUCUACUUGAUCUAAGCCCUGAGGCUAGUAGUGCAAAUAUCAACAUCACCACAGAUCUUACGGGCAACAUGGAUGAUGCAAGAGAUGCUUCUGACAUUGCGUCUAGUAUUGACUCCUCUAGUACUUCAAGUUCCUCUAGCACUGAUGGCUAUGUAAGCGAUGAUAUGUGUUAUGAGACAUUGCCUGAAGAUCAGACUGCCCUGCAGUCAAAAGUACAUGAGGUGGAACUGGACAGUGCAUUAAGACCAACAAGUUUAGAUGUUCUAAUGUUAUCUACUGAAAAUCCAGACUUGGGAUUAAAUAGUGAAAUUUAUAGUAAUUUAGGUGCAUGCCAAAAUGAAUGUCUGUCUGCGGAGAAGCAAGAGAUCAGGAGCGUGAUCACCACCGAGUGCAGUGAUGGCAUAUCUAAGGCUUCCACACCAUUAGCACACAUUGAGCAGACUGCUCACCCCGAAUCUCUACCUUGUGCUGAGGGAGAUUGUACUACACAAGAUAGCGAUUUGACUAUGAAAGACAAUUCAAUGGAGCUUGAUAACCAGGCCUCCGGUGAAAAUCAAGCAAAUGUCUCUCAAAAUGAUUUUGAGGUUCCAAGUUAUAAAAAUGCAUCUUUACAACCCACACCUUUGUUAUCUGUACCCACAGAGAAAUGCCUAGCUAACGAAAAUAAGUCAGUUGAGAAAGAUUUCCCACCACAACCUGUUACGGAAUUACCUGUAGUAGAAAAAAGCAUGAACAUUACCCCGACCCUGACCCGUCCAGACAAUAUUUAUAGCCCGAAUUUUGAAAAUGCCAUAUUAUCUGAUUUCAUAAGUGACCAUAAUGACCUGCUGUUAAGUGACACAUACAUCACUGAUGAGGAGCUUAAUGCUUUUCUUAGAGAAGAAGGUGUUCCUUUGGAUAAAGAAGGCACUUUGGAAAACCUUGCAGUCUGUGAUGCACCGUGGGUUGAAUCAAGUGGGACCGGUGCUGUUAGAGAUGACUUACAGUCUCAAGAAAUAGAUCAAGGCAAAGCACAAAGCAGCACAGUGGAAGUCUCAGAGAACCAACCUCUCUCUUAUCCUCCAAACCAAGGAAAUCUUACUGGUGCUACUGUGGCUUCUCAUAUUGGAGGUGCGAGACCAAAACAGCCACCAAAGUCUCUGAAUCUCGGCCAACAUGAUAAGCUAAAUAACCGGAUUCCAGAAAGAACUCUUUCUGACCAAAUGGCUGAAGAAUCUGGAUCAAACAUCUUGCAUUCACCCAAUGUUUUACAUGGAUCAGUAAAUGAAGAAACUGAUGACAGUCCUGAGCUCAGUGUGAGGGAAGCAAUGCAAAGACCUGACAACAUGGCAUUGGAAAAUCCUGUGCUUGGUCAGAGGCAGCCAACCUGGAUUCCUGAUUCCGAAGCUCCGAACUGUAUGAACUGCAGCACUAGAUUCACGUUCACUAAGCGGAGGCACCAUUGUAGAGCUUGUGGAAAGGUUUUUUGUGCAGUCUGCUGUAGUCAGAAGUGCCGUCUGCAGUACCUGGAUAAAGAAGCAAGAGUAUGUGUGGUUUGCUAUGACUUUAUCACUAAAGUACAGGCCAUUAAGAGGAUGAUGAGCCCAACUGCUCCUAGUCCAAAUCCCACUGCCCCCCCUGAGUACUGUUCCAUCAUCCCUCCUUUGGUGCAGGCACAGGCAGCAGGUACAAUUAACUCUCCGCCACCCACUAUUUUGGUGCCUGGCUCAGUACUUAAGCAACCAGGAGCUGAAGGAAUGAACCCAAAGGAACAGAAGAGAGUAUGGUUUGCCGAUGGCUUGUUACCUAAUGGAGAAGUUGCAGACACUAGUAAACUUGCUGCUGUUGGCAGGAAGACUCCUCAAGACUCUAGUCCAGUAUCUCCAAUUUCACCAGAUGCUGCCAUGGCCAUUGGAUCUUUUCAGGACCAGCCAAAGCAGUCUGAUAACACAGAAAAACCAGCGAUCCUACAUGAAGUGUCCAAAGCACAAGUAUCCGCAGCUGAAGAAACAACUAGUACCUUCAAAGUGUCUUCUGCAUCAGACUAUACAAUGCUUUGCUGCAUUGAGAAAUCUGUGAGCCGAGAACUAUGUCUUAUUCCAGAUGACGAAAUGGGUCUGCCGCCACUGUUAAUGACUAUUGGAGGAAGUGAAGAUGCUGUGGUGGAAGACAGACCGACUCACGCAGGAGUCAUGUUGCUUUUGGAAGAAGAUGGCACUAAUCCAAUCACAUUUAUCCUAAACGCUAAUUUGCUUGUUAAUGUCAAGUUAGUAACUUAUGCUUCUGAAAAAUGCUGGUUUUUCGCAACUAAUGGAUUACAUAGCUUGGGUCAAGCAGAGAUUGUAGUAAUAUUGAAUUGCUUGCCAAAUGAAGACACUGUUCCAAAGGAUGUAUUUAAACUAAUGUUAAACAUCUACAAGGAUGCACAGAAAGGAAAAUAUAUAAGCAACUUGGAAAACAUUACAUUCACUGAAAGCUUUCUGGGUAGUAAGGAUCAUGGCGGCUUCCUGUUUUUUACACCUACUUUUCAGGAUCUCAGCGGACUGCCUGUACCAAAUAGUCCUUUCUUGCAUGGGGUUAUUAUCCUGAAAAUGGAAGUACCAUGGGCAAAGGUUUUUCCAAUUCGUUUAAUGCUGACAUUGGGAGCUGAAAGUGGUGUAUAUCCAUCUCCUGUAACAAGCCGCAGACAUCGAAAAUCUGUAUUUGGAGAGAUUGGACAUACUAUUAUAAACUUAUUGACUGAUCUCAGAAAUUACCAGUAUACCAUUCCUCAUGUAGAUGGUUUGGUAAUUCACAUGGAAAUGGGCAAAAGCUGCAUAAAGAUUCCCUCAAAGCGACAUAAUGAGAUACUUAAAGUCAUUCAUUCUUGCAAUGAACAUGUCAUCAGCAUCGGUGCUAGCUUCAGUUUGGAUGCGGAUUCUCAUCUAGUCUGUGUGCAAAAUAGUGAUGGAAUCUAUCAGACACAAGCCAACAGUGCUGCUGGACAGCCCCGGAAAGUUACUGGCGCAAGUUUUGUUGUCUUCAAUGGUGCACUGAAAACGUCGUCUGGAUUUCUAGCCAAGUCAAGCAUAGUAGAAGAUGGGAUGAUGGUCCAAAUAACGCAGGAAAUGAUGGAAGCUCUCCGGCAAGCUCUGAGGGACAAAAAAGACUUUAGGAUAACAUGUGGAAAGAUAGAUUCAGGAGACCUGUCUGAAGAAGUGACCAUUCAAUGGGUGGAGACUGUAGACCGUAAAAAUAAAGGGAUCAUAAGCCCCAUUGAUGGACAAUCAAUGGAAGGAAUUCCAAGCGAAAGGAUUUCCCAGGAUACUGAUUUUGAAGCACAUGAUAAGACUGUGAAAUGCACAGAGGUGUUUUAUUUGCUUAGAGAUCGUGAACCAGCGAGUGCCACAGCUCACCUUCAGUUUGCUAAAGAAAUAGCAACAGCAUGCGGAGCUGCUCUCUGUCCACAUCUCAAGACCCUGAAGAACAGUGGAAUGAAUAAGAUAGGACUGCGAGUCUCCAUGGAUAUCGACAUGGUCGAGUAUCGUGCUGGGUCAGGUGGACAGCCUCUCCCUCAACUGUACUUGAAUGACCUGGACAGUGCUCUCAUCCCAGUCAUCCACAACCGGACCUCAGACACCAGCAUUUUACCUCUGGCCAUGUUCACAUGUUAGAAAAAUGUGCGGAAUGUCCACCCGGCAAUCACGGACAGAAAUUCUGCACAUUUGAAAGCCUGGCGGACUCUAGGACCAUUCGGAAAUGUGCCCUCUCCUAGACUGCAAUGCAUUUCCGAGCAAAAUCUGCAGAAAAAUUAGACGCCGGAAUCAGGAUUCCCAUCACGAUGCCGUUUCUUUAGCUUAUUUUUGAUAUAUACAUAUAUUUAAAGGAAAAAAAUUAUAUAAUUUUUUAUUUUAUUUAAUACAUAUAUUAUGUAGCAUUCAAAAAAGUUCACACAUCAGCUGAACCUCCACAUCAGGGAUAGCUCAGGAUUUCUGCAGGUGAUAUAUAUAUAUAUUUUACCAUUGCAAAUAUAUCAGUAACUCCAUCACUGAUACAUCUGGGUUAACAUAGAGCUGUGAGGAUAUGGUGAAGUUUAUUAUUUCAUUAUACAACCUCCAGCACAUCUUGUGCUCAUUUUACUAUUUCAUGUAAAGCUGCAUUUACACAGCUGGAACAGAAAUCUGUUUUCUCAUUUUGUAUUCCCAAAAGGCUUUUUUUUGUUUUUUUCUUUUUUUUACAAUUUUGUUCUGGAAUGCAGAAGAGAAACACAGAAGGGGACACCAUCUUUAAAGAAGUAUUACAGUUUCUGCUAGCAUAACUUUUUCCUUUGUACUGAAUAAAUAAAAUUGACACACUUUCCCAAACUUUUUUUAUUUUUAAUUUUUUUUACAAUUUUUCAAGAUCUCUGCUUGCAUUGAUACAAUGGAGCCUAAGUCAUAUCACAUGAUCAGGACAUAUUGAAGAGUGGUCUCCAAUCUAUGGACUUCCAGCUGUUGCAAAACUACAACUCCCAGCAUGCCUGGACAGCCGUUGGCUGUUCGGGCAUGCUGGGAGUUGUAGUUUGGCAACAGCUGGAGGUUCACAGUUUAAAGACCACUGCACUAGAAGUAAGCAAUUAAGGGUCCUAUUAAAUACUAGCAAGCAGAGAUCCUGAAAAUCCAUCUUUUGACAAAGAGCGCAUGCGCUCGAAACGCGUCAAGAAACCUCAGAACAUGUGAAGUGCUAUAGUCUUGUACUAUUUUAAGAGGAUUACAAAAUAAAGCUUGCUGUUUUCCAAGUGCUGGAUCACUUCGUUUUUCUUCAGAGAUCCUGAAAACCAUGAUAAAUUAAUAAAGUAUAAUGAAAAAAGGUUCAACUUUUUGUUAUGCAAAGAAUAGCCUUUAUUUGCAGAAACUGUAAUAUAUCCCUUUAUGGCUGAGCUGUGUACGUGAUGAUCAUUUUCUAUGACUUUGUGUUGGUUUCUUUCUGAUAUUUAUACAGGUUGUUUUUUUUUUUUUCAAGGUUUUGAUAUAUUGACUCUAUGGUAAUAAAUCCAAAUUUUUUGAAACACUUAUACAUUUGUGCGUUUUGUUAUUAUUUUAUGUAUCUGUGUCAGGUUUGAGAAACCGUGACCCUAAUUGUUGCCAGAUGUUAAUCUGUUAACCAUUGUCCUAUAUAAAACAAAAAUGACCGAUCGCCAUAUAAAAACAUUGUUACAUUGAGCUCUUUUUAUGCAAAAAUCAUAUUAAAAUAAAGGCACACAACUGUCCUAGCGGUAACGCUUGAUAUAGGAAUAUUUCUAUAUAUGAUAAUCCCCUGUACUUUAUAAAGGUUGGUAAACAAUUUUGUCCUAUUUAAAAAAUUCCUUUUGUUGCAUUUGUCUUGAUUUUUAGAUAAUUUGUAAUGUGUUAAUUCAUUGUAUAAUAAAGCAAUUUGUAUUUAAUAAACUACAAAUAAAUGUUAUUC